GGGUAGCUCAGCUGGUUGGAGCAUGGAGUUGACAGACAGCAGGUUCGAUCCCUUUGGGGGGCCGCUGCAGAUUUCUGCAUUGCAAGGGGGUUGGGCUAGAUGACCCUGCCGACCCCUUCCAACUCUACGGUUCUAUGACCCACUUUUCUCCCACUACCACCAAUCCAGCAGCAGCAUCUUCCAUGGGAGAUGGGGAGACCCUCUGUUUGCAGAGGAAGCAGCAUGGACGGAGGGUGUGUGUGGAGAAAGGACGUCCCUCAUCGCUAAAUAUAAAAAGUAGGAUUAUCCAGUUGCAAAUAGCUUCCUUUUUGCCCCAGAAUGCAUUGACUGCAUUGCAAGAUCUUCCUCCCUCUCUUUCUCUCUCUCUCUCUCCCCUCUCAGAGCUCUGUCCAAUCUCUGUAGGUGCUGCAGAGGAAAGUGCCUCUUACAGGGAGAAGCUGUUUUUUCACAACAGGGACUUCCAAGGGAAACAGACACACAGAAUUAAAAACAGCAACAGCAACUAUCCUUCUUUGUCUCCCUUCCAGGCGGCAGGAAAAGCCCCAGCGACACCUUCUGGGUCUCCUCCUCUUUACAGUGAAGUGGGAAGAGACUCUACGCAGCCAGCUCAAGUUCCUGCGACCUUUGAGGAGGUGGCUGUGCAUUUCUCCAAGGACGAAUGGGCUCUGCUGGAUCCAGCCCAGAGGGCUCUCUACAAGGAAGUCAUGCUGGAGAAUUAUGGGGAGGUGGCCUCUUUGGAUGGGCCUCUCAUUCUUCAACCUCUUCUCAUCAGCUGGUUGGAAGGAGAGGGAGAGCAAUUUGACCCUGAGCGACUGGCAGGUGGAGCGGAAACCUCCAUGACGUGGUCAAGGCUCUCGCUUCUUUGUGGCCGGGUGGAAAGAGCCGUUCUGCCCUCAUCUCAGGGUUUGGUCUCCUUUGAGGAAGUGAGUGUCUCCUUCGGCGCAGAGGAGUGGGCUCUGCUGUAUCCAGACCAAAGGGCGCUGUACAAAGAAGUAAUGUUGGAGAACUACAGGAACGUGGCCUCUCUGGAAGGACCUCUGAUGCACAAAUCUGACCUUGUCUCCUGGCUGGAAGGAAAGGAAGAACUGCUGGCCUGGGAGUGGCCUGCAAAGAAGGAAGAGGGAUUUUCCCAGGAAAAAUUGACUGAGGAUGGACUUGGCUUUGAGAAUUUUAAGGGGCAAUCUGUGGCGUCGUUGGAAACAGCUAAGCAGGAAGCAGCAGCAGAGGCCUUUGGGACACGAAGGGGACCUACAUAUCUUGAGGGAAAUGAAUCUCCUCCUCCUCUGCAUGAUGAUUUUCAUGAAAUCCUGAGUGUACAUCUACCUCACGUGGGAAAGAAGUGCCUGGUGUGUGGGAAGCCUUUCAAAGAUGAAUCAAGCUUGAAUAAACAUUGCAGAACCCACACAGGAGAGAAACCAUAUCAAUGCCUGGAGUGUGGAAAGAGCUUCAGUGGUAGCGGAAAACUUACUAGACAUAAAAGAAGCCACACAGGGGAAAAACCGUAUCAGUGCCCUGAAUGUGGAAAGAGCUUCAGUGAGAGAGGGACACUUAUUAGACAUCAGAGAAUCCACACAGGAGAAAAACCUUACCAAUGCCUUGAGUGUGGAAAGAGCUUCAGCGACAGCAAAGCACUGAAUAAUCAUCAAAGGACUCACACAGGAGAGAAACCAUAUAAAUGCAUGGAGUGUGGAAAGAGCUUCAGCUACAGUAGCAUCCUGAAUACUCACCGAAGAACUCACACAGGGGAAAAGCCAUUUCAGUGCCUGGAGUGUGGAAAGAGCUUCAGUCGGAGCACCCACCUUUCUGCCCAUCAGAGAACUCACACAGGGGAGAAACCUUAUAAAUGCCUGGAGUGUGGAAAGAGCUUCAGUGUUAGCUCAAACCUUAGUUGUCAUCAGAGAACCCACACGGGAGUGAAACCGUAUAAAUGUAUGGCGUGUGGAAAGAGCUUCAGUGCUAGCUCAAGCCUUACUUUACAUGAGAGAACUCACACAGGGGAGAAACCAUAUAAAUGCCCUGAGUGUGGAAAGAGCUUCAAUCACAGCUCAAAUCUUACCUCACACCAGAGAACGCACACAGGGGAAAAGCCAUUUAGGUGCAUGGAGUGCGGAAAGAGCUUCAGCCAAAGCAUAAGUCUCACCGCCCAUCAACGAGUCCACACUGGCGUGAAACCAUAUACUUGCCUGGAGUGCGGAAAGUGCUUCAGCGACAGCAAGACGCUCACUACUCAUCAAAGAAUCCACACGGGGGAGAAGCCAUACAGAUGUGCAGAGUGUGGGAAGAACUUCAGCGUCAGCUCAAGCCUUACUUCACAUCAGAGAACUCACACCGGGGAAAAGCCCUUCAAAUGUGCGGAGUGUGGGAAGGGCUUCAUUCAGAAAGCCCACCUUUGUGCCCAUCAGAGAAUUCACACAGGGGAGAAACCUUACCAAUGUCUGCAGUGUGGGAAAAGCUUCAGCCAGAGCACGAGCCUUAGCACACAUCAGAGAAUUCACACAGGGAAGAAACUGUAUGAAUGUCUUCCGUAUGGAAAAAGCUUCAAGAAGAGCUCAGAUGUUCCUUCUCACCAACACACUGCCCACCCAGAGGAGAAACCGUACAAAUGCCUGGAGUGCGGAAAGAGCUUUAGCCACAACGUGAGGCUUAUUGCUCAUCAGAGAACCCACACAGGGGAGAAACCGUUUCAGUGCACUGAAUGUGGAAGGAGAUACUCUGAAAGAGGGACACUCAUGAUCCACCAAAGGAUCCACACGGGGGAGAAACCUUAUAAAUGUGAGGAGUGUGGAAGGAGCUUCAAUCACCGGUCCAAUUUUACUUCGCAUCGGAGAACUCACACAGGGGAGAAACCUUUUAAAUGCAUGGAGUGUGGGAAGAGCUUCAGCCAGAGCACAAGCCUUACCACCCACCAGAGAAUCCACACAGGGGAGAAACCAUUUAAGUGCACCCAGUGCAGGAAGAGCUUCAGCCGGAGGUCAAGGCUCGCCUCUCACAAGAGGACUCACACUGGGGAAAAGCCCUUCCGAUGCCUGGAGUGUGGGCAUGGAUUCAGUCAGAAAACCCAGCUUUAUUCCCAUCAGAGAAUCCACACAGGCAAGAAGCCAUACCAGUGCCCCCAGUGCGGGAAAAACUUUGGUCACAGCACAAGCCUUAGCGCGCAUCAGAGAAUCCACACAGGGGAGAAGCGGUAUGAAUGUCUACAGUGCGAGAAAAGCUUCACUUACAGGGGGAGCCUUAUUUUCCAUCAGAGAUGCCACUCCCCGGAGAAACCAAAGGAGUGCCUGCAGCCUGGGAAGAGCCUCAAGGAGAGUUCAAGCGCUUCUUCACAUCAGAGAGGCCACACAGGAAAACUCUGGAUAUACGGUCCCUUGCUUACAAACCCAGGUGAUGGUUCAGCGCCGGUACCGUGUUCAUCUGGCAAGGAGACAGAUAUUAAUGGGAAAUUCUUUGUUUUAUUUAAAUGAUGAGCAGUUGGACUCUUGGGCAAAUGCUAUUCAAACCCAUUGCUUUGUUUCCUAUCCGUUUGUGAAAUUUGCCUCUUGCCGUCAUCCUGUGUCGUUAACAUUGUCAAAUGUUUGGGGCAAGGCUGUGGCUAGGUAGUUUUUCAUUUGUAUCCUGCUUUAAAUAUAUUCUAGUAGGUAAUGUUGCACAUUGAACCUCUCGGGCGGUGCUAAGGCAGGCAUCCCCAAACUUCGGCCCUCCAGAUGUUUUGGACUACAAUGCCCAUCCUCCCCAACCACUGGUCCUGUUAGCUAGGGAUCAUGGGAGUUGUAGGCCAAAACAUCUGGAGGGCCGAAGUUUGGGGAUGCCUGUGCUAAGGCCACCUUAAACCAUACAUUUUGAAGCACUUUGAACAGCCAUGGUUUCCUGCAAAGAAUUCUGGGAGGUGCAGUUUGUUAUGGAUGCGAAGAGGAAGAGGAAGAAGAAGAAGAAGAAGAAGAAGAAGAAGAAGAAGAAGAAGAAUCCACCCAUCCUACUGAGUUUCCACAUCUUCUCUGGGCAGCUCCCAACAAAAUUUUAAAAGGACAAUUUUUUUUCCUUUAAAAAACUUUCCAAUACAGGGCUGUAGAUAUCUUCUAAACAUCAGGUAGUUAUGUAUCUCCUUGACAUCUGAUGGGAGGGCGUACCACAGGGAGGGUGCCACUACCAAGAAGGCCCACUGCCUGGUUCCCUGUAACCUCACUUCUCGCAGGGAGGGAACUGCCAGAAGACCCUCAGAGCUAGACCUCAGUGUCCAAGCUGGACAAUGGGGGUGGAGACGCUCCUUCAGGUAUACUGGGCCAAGGCCGUUCAGGGCUUGAAAGGUCAGUACCAACACUUUGAAUUGUGCUUGGAAACGUACUGGGAGCCGAUAUAGGUAUUUUAAGACCAGUGUUAUAUGGUCUCAGUGGCUGCUGCCAAUCACCAGGCUAGCUGCCACAUUCUGGAUUAGUUGUAGUUUCCGAGUUACCUUCAAAGGUAGCCCCACGUAGAGCGUUGUUAGGAGAUGCCCCUAUUCCCCUAGCAGAGCUACAUUUCCCAGAGUGGCUUAAAAGGCUAUCCCUCUUGCUAGGGAACUCUAGGAUUUGUAGCUCUGUGAUACUUCCACAAUUCUUUGGAGGACGCCAUGACUGUUUUAAAGUGGUAUCUCAGUGAUUUAAAUGCAUUGUGGCUUUAGUGUUGCUCGGGGAAGGCUGUUGUGUUGAAGGGAGCUGAAAGCAGUUUCCCACCCCCAAUGGAACAACUGGGAAUUUUUUGGAAAGCUCUGCAGAUGGGGUGGAGGCAUGUGUUUGUGUGUGUGUGUUUUGUAACUAAUGUGUAAUAGCAGUUUUUAAUGUAAGACAAUCCAUUGUGUUGGAGAGUCAUUAUUUCUGUGCAUCCUAUAGAGCUCCGUGCUUUCAAUCUCUUUCUGGAUUUCGUAUCAUUUUAGAGCUUGAAUUUUACACGAUUGCAUUUGUUUAAAUAAAAGCAGAACUUGCUUUCAG